AUGACAUUUCUGCUGAUUUCUAAAAAAUUAGACUAGAUGAAGACCUACUUCUGGGUAUCUGUCCUAGGAGUUGUGAUGUGCAUUGGUGGGGAGUUGCUGCGGAAAUCGGCCAUGUUCACUGCCAAGACUAACUUCAAUCAUACUGUGCAAUACGUGAAGCGGCCGGACCACCAGCUCGUGACGCACGGCGUGUACGCCAUCUGCCGGCACCCCAGCUACGUCGGCUGGUUCUACUGGUCUAUUGGCACGCAGGUAGGUCUAUUAGAUAAAUAG